UGGGAGGGGGCGCACUAAGGCAGAGAAGAAAACUUCCUCUCCUGCUCAUAUCUCUUUCUUUACGUCUCCUAUAGUUCAGCUGUGGUGGGUUAAAUCUGAAAAUACAGACUCAAACCCAGUUUGGCCUCUAUUGGUUCUGGAGCGUCCUGGAACUUUGUUGAGACUUUAGAAAAUUUGUACCUGGAACCAGCAAGCUUUUUUUGUUGUUGUUGUUUCUGUUUUCCUUUGUGAAGGAACAAAGUGGACCAAAUGUAGCAGGAUUUACCUGGCUUCAGUUUGACAGAGCUCCUGGAAUGUGGAUUUUCACUCAAAAAUACAUUUUGAUGUUCCUCUUCUUGGCUCAGAUGCAUGCUUUGGCAGUUCGCUGUCAGCAUGUGAGAGGUGAACCAGAAGACUAGAGGACCAUAAUACGGCAAACAGGAUUUUCUUUACUAGUGUCACAAGUUGAAGGAGACAUGUCGAGGCCUCCGUCGUCCCAGACCACCCCUCAGUUCUACAGAGUGAGCGAGAGAGACCUCACUGAGAUCGAGCUGCAUUCCGUCGACUCCAUCAACGACCUCCACCGAACGCACCCUGAGCACAGCCACAAAGGGAUGAGGCCUCCUCGCCCUGCGUACACACCGUCCCCAAACGGGAAUCUGUACACACAUGACGGGACAGCGGUCAGUCAGAGAGGGCGCCCGCUGGGCAGCAAGUGGCCGAGACGUCUUCAGGACAUGUUGACGCCGAGUUCAUCGAGGGCUUACGCCACGAGCUGCGCCAUCGUCACCCUGCUUCUGCUCACAGUGUUGCUCAUCUUCGUCUUAGUUCAGCAGGGCGCUGCCAUCAGGAUGCUAACUGAGGCUGUGAGGGAAAAGGAGGCUGCAGCCAACAAGCUGGAGCUGCUGAUCCAGGAGCUGCAGGAACUGAGGCGAAACAUGACAGCCGUGAGACGGGGGACAUGAGGACACGCACAGAAUCCCCAGCGCUGUGCUGGUGCACUCACACAAGCUUGUUUUAUAGAUGUCAAAUACUUUUUCAAUGUGAAGUAUAAAACUUUGUUUCAUGCUGGUUUUGGUUUUUUGUCUCCAAACACUAGCCGUGCUUUGAGUUGAAAUGCAACAGUGACAUUACUUUUCUUUUCACGUAUAUUAAAAUAGCUGAAAUUAAGCAAAAAACAAACAAAAAAAAAGAAA